AUGGGCACCUGCGUGAGCAAAUGCUACCCCUGUUUCCCUUGUCAUCCUAUUCCUUGCAACACUUCCAGUUCCACCGCCGGCAUCUCGCAGGCUUCUCCUGCCGUGCACCCGCACCCAUUGCCAGGGGAAGCAGGAGCGGCUUCCGCUUCUCCCACCACCACCUCCUCCUCGCUGUCGCUGUCGCUGUCACUGGUGGCGUCCACUUCCUUGUGCGCCUCCUCCGGCUCCUCGUCGUCAUCGUCUGCGGCUUCAUCCUCCUCCUACUUGUGGCGGCGGAGGCCGCGUGAGCUGGUCCUCCUCCCCAACGCCAGCACCAGCACCAGCAACAGCAUCUCGUCUCGGGAGUGGGACGUUGUGGUGCUGGACCCCAAGUCCAAGUCGUCCGACUCCGACCGUUGCAAGCCCAUCAGUGGCCGUGGCAGUGACGACAGACACAGGCUUGCAGCGCCCACGCCCAAGCGCGCGCGGUCGGUGUCCCCCUUGUCCGCCCGCCCGGCACCGCCACCGCCACCGCCACCGGGCUCCUACGAGCAGCAGCAGCAGCACAAGAAGAGGAGGCAGAACACCGGCAGGCGGAGCACGACGGCAACACAGCGGGAGGUCGUCGCGCUCGCGCAGGCCAGGAACAAGGACAAGAAGAAGAAGACAGAGGUGAGCCAGAGCCAGAGCCUGAGGAGGAGAUUGGAGGCCAAGAUCUCAUCCUCAGCUCAUGCAGAUUCCACUACUGCUGCUGCGCUUGCGCAGGUGACGCCGGCCGACGACCUCACCAAUCCCAUCAUCUCCAUGGAUUGCUUCAUCUUCCUCUGA